CACGUAGGUACGUCAUCAAAUUAGUGAAUCACGAUGCAUUUAAUUAAAAUAAAAGUAUAGCCUUCUUUACACCUAGCUUCUUUAUGGUUCAAUGUUUUCAAUGAACUUUAUUUUAAUUGUAGAAGCCAGAAACGCAAGUUGAAACGCAAAAAUUGAAAUGUUAAACGGUACUUGCGUUGCGUGCUUGAUGUAAAUACGUUACAUUGUUCACCUUGUUGCGUCUUGCGUUUCUUUCGGCAUUUGUAAACCCACCCUAUACGAAUUUGCUGUGUUCAAGUAAAAAAAAAUGUAAUAAAUAUAAUAUCGGUGUCGGAAUUGCGGUGUUUGCCUUGUCAGUCGUUUAUAUAAAUGUUGGGAUACCUGGCUCUGUAUUUAGAUUAUAAUUUGUAAUGUCAAGAUUGUAAAUUAUAAAUGUUUUAUAGGGAGCUGCGAGUACGUCGUUUUGAAAUGUAAGAUAAGGAAUUAACGGUUAUCGACUGACAUACUGGUGAUGAGCUGGUAUAAGCUCCGCCAAUUCUGAAUUAUUUUACUUAGUGUCAAUUAAUUUCUUUUUUUAAAUUACUCGUAAAUUGCUGCGCUCAAGCCACAUAUCACAUACACGCACGUACGAAUUUUUUGUGUCAAGAUCGUCAAUGACUUGUUAAAUUGAAAAAAGGAGCUACUGUUUUUUGUCAGUGUAACACCACACCAUAAGGGUGUAAUGACGUUUUUGUUUUAAACUAUUUCAGUAAUUAUAUAUUAGUAUUAAAAAACAUGGAUUCGGUUAACAUAAGGAAACUCUAUCAGUGGAAAAAUGCUUGUCGAUUAUGUUUAUUAGAGGACGGCAUUAAACUACCAAUUUUCGAAGAAGAAGGAAAACUAAGGCAGGUGUCACUAAAGAUAAAGUCUUGUUUUCCUCUUGUGAUUUAUGAAACGGAUCCACUGCCGAAAAUGAUUUGCCACAAAUGCUUGUUUAAACUGGAGACAGUCUUCGAAUUUCGCUCUAAAUGUAUGGAUGUAAACAGUAUUCUGCUAAAGCAUCUUGAAUCUCAUAUCGAUAAUGUUGAUGUUCAGAAGUAUUGGACAGCUGUAAAGGAAAGUUUGAGAUCUGAAGAGUCAUCUAAAGAAUGUGUGGGGAAAAAACAAAGCAGCGUUAAAAACCACUGCAUAUCGAAUCCUGACGAUGGAUUCAAGCCCAUCAUUGUGCAAACUGCCAAGCAUGUGACGAGACCCAGUGGCGACGGGUCACCGACGGCUACGGAACACGGCACGAGGACGGUCCAGAGCGAGCCGACGAUCGGGGCGCGUGACGUGAGGGUGACUCGCUCAGGGAACGUGAGCGGGGGCAUCGCCGGCGCCACCGUGUUCCAGGAGGUGUUCCUGGACGAGGCUGGGUCCGAGGGCUUCCUCCCCGAGCAGCCGGACGGAGACUGCGUGCAGGACGUGCUGGUCUCGAGUGACAGCAGCGCUGCACAGAAAAGGAAGAAAGGCGUGGAGGAAGCGCCUCUCAUUUUGACAGUGGAGACGAUCAAGAAAGAGCCUGGGUCAGGGGAAGAACAUUCACCCUUAUCGCCUCCUGCAGCGAGAACAACGGCUGCCCAACCAAUUUGCGUACCUGCUGUGACGUCUCCCUCGCCUGAGGACCCGGGCAGCCAAAACAUUGAUUCAACUCCUGUCAAGCUGAGAAGAUUUGUGUGCAAGACGUGCAAUUUCAAAAGUGCAAACAAACUAAAGAUGAAAGAACACCUGUGCGCAUUCCCAACGACACUAUCUUGUGCUCUCUGUGCAAGGUACUUCUACAGCAAAGCAUCGCUAGCAAAACACAAGCUACGUGGAACGUGCACGAAAGGUUUUAAAAAAUGCCCUCGAUGCAGCAACCAGUUCAAGACUUUGGAAGAGCUUGCGAGGCACCAGACCGUACAUUUCAAAGUGAUAGCCUGUACCAAAGAGGAAGACCUCCAUCCCUGCGACUGUGGCAUGAGGUUUGUUUGCAAGCUCAUGCUGGCGUCUCACAGGUUAGCGCAACACAAAGACUCUGAUGUUAAGGACUGUGAUAAAAAUGUUGAGCUCAAGUGUGAAGUGUGUGCAAGAGUUUUCAAUAAUUACCGUGGUCAUAACAACCACAUGCGUGUUCACAGUUUAAGUGAAAAACUUCUGAAAGCUAAGAAUGAUGUGAAAUCGUACAGUCGGCUGAAGGGUUCAAAUAUGGAGAAGAAUAGAUUAACUGAUGUAGUUAUCAGGUGUGAAGAUUGCUCUCGUGUUUUUUUUAAACGUAGUUCAUAUGUCAACCACAUUAAAAUUCAUGAAAUGCAACGGGAAGGUGAGUCACGUGAUGGAUGGAAGUCUAGUUCGACAGGCAGUAACAGCAAAUUUCGUCGUCGCAAGUGCAAGCAGUGCGGUGCGGUGCUCAGUUCGAGGUCGGCAUGGCUGAACCACGUUCGACGGCACGUCACGAAGAGCAAAAUCAACGUGGUUCGCACAGAGAACGAAUCAGAGAUUCCAUCGGCCCGCCCGAUCAUCGGCAUUUUCCAGUGCUCCACUUGCGGCAAGUCGUUCAGCUCGAAAUCGGCGAAGAUGCAUCAUCAGAUCUCCCACGAGAUGGGGAAUCGCAAGUGCUUCACGUGUGAGAUCUGCCACAGGAAGCUGAUGACCAAGGAAGGACAUGUGCUUCACAUGGAGGCUCACCACAAAGUGCAUUGUGACACUUGCCACAAGUAUUUUGAAAGUGAUGAGGCACUCAGAACCCAUGUGUGCGGCGUUGGCGGCAACGGCAUCUUGCAGUUCCAGUGCCCUUCAUGCCCGGCUGUGUUCUCUACGCGAAACGGUGUUAGUGGUCACUUGAACACCCACAAAAAAAGGGGGGUGACUUUAGAUCAGUGUCCCGCCCAAGAUGAAGUCAGUAUUCAACCAUUACAUGAAGAUCUUCCCACCUCUUAUAAUGAAAAUAAUGAAGUUCAACCGGUGCAGGUAGGUAAGUUGAAUGAGAAGCAGGUACUUUACAAACUGAAAAAUGGAUACAAGUGUGGCAUCUGUGCAAAAAUCACUGUUACUUUGCAUGGAGGUAAAGCGCACAUGAAAUCACAUUCAGUGCAAAGUAAAAAGAAAAAUAGAAAUUUCAAGUGUCCUUUUUGCUCUAGUAGCUUUGCCUCUGUAAGUGCUACUAAUGUUCACAUUGCUACAAACCAUCCUGAUACCAGUGUGCAGUAAUAUGGUUUGUUUUUCUCUGUAAAAAUAUGCAUUUAAAUGUUUUUUUUUCUGUGGGUGUUUCAAGAGAAAGAGUUCCCACAUACUGCUCAGUAAAAUAUUAAAAAUCAUUGUAGUGAAUUAUAGUAUCAUAAUGUGAAGUUAUUUCAGUAUGACUGUGUUCAUACAUAAGUGACUGAACAUACUGAAAAGCUUUUAUCAUCAUUGUAAUGAACCGGAGUAGACACUGGCAUAAAUAUUGUUAUCAAUAAUUGUGAACCUAAGGGAGCUGUGUGCUGUCCAUUUAUUAUACUUAUUCUUUGUAAGUAAAAAAAACAUUAAUUACCAUCUUUGUACAAGUUUUUUUCUCAUUUUUAAAAAAAUAUACGUAUGUUUAAAAGUGUGAA